GAAGGUUUUGCUCGAUAGAAGCAGCUCGGGUUUAUAAAAGGGCACAUAUCUGAAAAAAUAAAAACUGCUCAGAGAAAGAAUUAUAAAAUAUGCUUGAGAAUCUUAUCAAUUGAAAUUGUAUCUGGCAACCCUGGCACAAAACAACGUCACCUCACCCACACACAAACGCUCGAAGAAAACAACGAAGGAGAGACCCAAACAAAAAAAAAAAGAAAACACAAAUUCGUCAUUGUCGCUGGACUUUAGGCCUUGAAAAUGGCUAACAAUCCGACGCAGACCCUCCACCAGGCAAUCAAGGCCGAGUUCGGCACCCAGAGCACCAGCGAUCUUUCGAAAUUGAGCAGUAUAAGUGGCACAAACCCACAAAUGACGCCGAGAUUCGCGAUUCCGCAGCUCAAAAUUCCUCAAUUGCAGCUACAGGCCAAUGCGAAUGCAGCUGCCCAGCAAGAAUCCCGCCAAGCGGCGGAAACACACAAUCAGUUGCUCCUCAAUGAGAUCCAGUUGAGGCAACAGAGCCAGCGAUCCGAGAGCGAGAACAAGCCACAAUUAGUGGGAUUUGUGAUACCCCAACUGGGAGCAACGCCCAUGCAACCACUGAGUAUACCCCUGCUGUCCAGACUGGAGCGUGGCGUGGAUAAGCUGCAAAUAGGCGAUGGGGCAACGAACACAGACACUCCAGCAUCACCACUCAUUGACCUUUCGUUCACGGUGAUUGCAGGGAAUAGUGGCGCACCGCCCAAGGAGUCGGCCAGCAAGGCGCGCCAGCUGACCAGUCGGGAGAACUUUGAUAUACCCUUCAUUGCCUGCGAUCGAGGAAGAAGCACGCCUACUGGCGACAUCCUGGCCAGCAGGAGAUCCAUCAACUACGAAGAGGACGAGCCAGCGAAUAGCGACUACCGGGAGCAGCCGGGACCCAUCGGGCUCAUGCUGGACGCAGUGGUGGGCUAUCCGGAGCCGAGGAAGCCCCGUCUAGUGUACGCCGUCACCCCGCUGGAACGACAGCACCUGAGGAUGUGCCAGCAUAAGGAUUACGGCAGCCAGGUCAAGAGAUUCCGCUUUGAUACUCCCUCGCCGGAUGAGCUCGUGAAGCAGGCGCUGCAGAAGUCCUGGCGGGUCUCCCGCACUUGACCCCAAUUGAUCCUGUUAGUUGACAAUUACUUAUAAGUAAGAACAAAGUAAUACAUUUAUUCAAUAAAUUCAAGUUCAAAAGAA